UUUGUGUGUGUAAUUAUUACAUUUCAUAUACACAUGUAUAAAUAUUUCAAGUACAUUAUAAGAACUUGCCUCUUACAAAUUUUCCAUUCCUACUUAUGAACAAGAUGAAAAUGUAUAUUAUGACGUAUCUUGCAGCCAUAACUUGAGAAGAGGGAGUGGUGCUAAUAAGGCUUCAAUAACGACUAUAAAAGUGCUUGCUUGAAAAUUAAAGUUACUGUUAAAAAUGUUGUGUAACCGUGAAACUGAUCGAGACACUAGAACUUCUUGGGUAUUAUAUUUAACAUUGUUCUUAUUUUAUAUCUCUGUACAAUUAAGUAUAACAUCAUCUGUACCUGACACAAAGUAUAAUACAACUGCAAUGUUAAUAAAUAACACAUUAAAUAAUUCAGAUGGUGACAAUUUAUAUAUUAUAAAAGCAAUGGUGUAUGAAAUUGGUAUAUUAACGGAUGAAGAUAAUACAACUAGUAAUACUACUGAGAGACAAGAAGAAGUUGAACUCUCAUUUUAUAAUCCACCUAAUGCAAAUAAUGGGUCAUAAAAGAAUAUACAAAUUAUAAAUUAUUUAAGAUUAUAUAAUUAAUUUCACAUAUUUGACAAUACAGCCAAUUGAUAGAUUUGAGAAAUAACCUGUAAAACAAAUACAUAUAUGGUACGCAAUCUGUUAGGUUAUAACUGAUGUACACGUA